UUCUUUUUUUUUUUUGAUUUUCUGACAGUGAAACCCUAAUUCUCUCCGUCUCUGUCGCAAUUCUAUUGUUGUUUCUUUCGCAAUGGCGGAUUCUCCGAGAAUGAGAGAUUCACAAUCUCCUUCACCCCUGAGGGAACUUUCCAGGUCUCGGUCCAGAUCAAGAUCUAGGUCUAGGUCUAGGUCUAGGUCUAGGUCAAGGUCUUGGUCUGUCCCAAGGCAUAGAUCAAGAUCAAGAAGCCGCGGAAGGUCGAGGGACCGUGGAAGGACUGAAACUGAAAACCCUGGGAAUACUCUCUAUGUGACGGGCUUAUCUACAAGGGUCACAGAGAGGGAGCUUGAAACCCAUUUCUCCAAGGAGGGAAAGGUUGCCUCGUGCUUUCUCGUGGUGGAGCCCCGCACUCGUGCGUCUCGUGGUUUUGCCUUUGUUACGAUGGAUAGCUAUGAAGAUGCUGACCGCUGCAUUAAAUACCUGAACCAGUCUGUUAUGGAGGGCCGUUACAUUACUGUUGAAAGGUCAAGGAGGAAGCGUCCAAGAACUCCCACUCCAGGACACUAUCUUGGUCUGAAGAACGACAGGGAUUAUGGGGGUCGUGACCGAGACCGUGGUAGACACUAUGGGCGUGAUGAUUAUGGAGAGCGUAGGUCAGCAAGACGAUCACCUUUGAGAGGAAGGCGUGACUAUUCACCUCCACCUCGUAGGGAAAGGUCGAGGAGAGAUCGGUCUUACUCUCCUUAUGGGAGUCCAGAAAGGAGGAGACACCACCGUGGUUCAGGGUGAGCUGUUAGCAAAAAAAGUAUGCUAUAAUGUAACUCAACAUUCUUAGGAUUUGGCUAAAAAAAGAAGAUUCUCUUACUCUCUCCGACGUUUUGUUUCUAUGUCUUCUUGUGUUGUGUGUUUUGGAUUGUUUGUUCUUUAAUCGUUUUCUUGGAUCAAACGAGUGGUUCAGAUU